AGCCAGAAGGGGCAGGAGGAGAGGAGGGCCCAGGGAGAAAGGGGAGGUUGGGAGGAGGGACAGAUAACCCACAGCCUGGGGGUUUGGAGAGGAGGUUUCAGCUGCCUCAGGAUCCUCUGGCUUACCGCCUGAGCCCUUGAACUCAGCCCUUGGAUAUGCUGCAAGGAACAGAUCUCCACCUCUCCUCCCAGUGACAUCAGUGGGGCCUGCCCCAUCUCUUUGCCUUCUCAGAGACAGAAAUACCAAGAGAGACAUCCCUCCUCCUUCUCUCCACUGCCUGGACACUGCCACAGACUAAGAAAGAGACCAUUCAACAUGGAGGCAGGAGGAUGGAAAAAAAUGGCCCUAGAAAGAAGCUGUAUGCACUAUUGAAUGACCACCUGGAAAAUGAUAAAGAGACAGGGAGAAGUCCUCGCUCAGGUUGCUUGGGUGACCUCGGCCUGGGGGUGCCUUCCCUGGCUCCUGGCCUGGUAGGAUGCCCCCGUGUCCUCCACAGCAGAGCAGGAACCGGGCUACACUGCUCGCUGCCCCAGAGCUGGGAGAGAUGGAGCUGACCUGGCAGGAAAUUAUGUCUAUCACAGAGCUGCAGGGCCUUGAUAUUCAAAAUGAGCCAACCUUUGAGUCCCCAGUGCCAUAUUCUGGGCCUGCACCUCCUCCUGCUUAUGGACCUUGCCCAAUUCUACCCGACACUGGCAACCACCUCACCUCACCCUAUGAGGGUCUCUACCAGGACUUCCCUCCACCCUCCGCCCUGGUUCCGGACUCUCCCUAUGCAUAUGGCAGCCUGGCCCUUCCUGUUUCCAAGCCCAUGACCCUCUCAGGACUCCUCAGCGAACCUCUCCCCAAGUCCCUGUCCCUGCUGGACAUGGGGCUACCUGUGGGACCCACCAAACCUCAAGAAGAUCCUGAAUCUGACUCUGGUUUAUCCCUCAACUACAGCGAUGCAGAAUCCCUAGAGAUGGAGGGAAUAGAGGCUGGGAGACAGAGAGGAGAAUACGUGGAGAUGUUCCCAGUGGAGCACCCCUAUCCACUCAUGCCUACCUCUCUAGUCCAUUCCAACUAUGCUCUGCCACCUCCAGAGACUCACUUGACUUUUGAACCCACGAUGUGCCCUGGAAGGGCCAAACCCUCAGGACGAGGGGAGUCAGGAAGCAGGGAUGAGCGCAGGGCUCUGGCCAUGAAGAUCCCCUUCCCCACUGAGAAAAUUGUCAACUUACCUGUGGAUGACUUUAAUGAGUUAGUGGCUAGGUAUCCACUUAGUGAGAGCCAGCUGGCCUUGGUCCGGGACAUCCGGCGGCGGGGCAAGAACAAGGUGGCUGCCCAGAACUGUCGAAAAAGGAAGCUGGAGACCAUUGUGCAGUUAGAACGUGAAUUGGAGAGGUUGGGCAAUGAGCGGGAACGGCUACUCAGGGCCCGAGGGGAGGCCAACCGGACCCUGGGGGCCAUGCGCCAGCAGCUGGCAGAGCUGUACAGAGAUGUCUUCCGGAGGCUGCGUGAUGAAGCUGGCAAUGGCUACUCUCCAGAAGAGUAUGCUUUGCAACAGGCUGCUGAUGGUGCCAUCUUCUUGGUGCCCAGGGGUGUCAAGAUGGAGACAUCAGACUGAAUAGGGGAAGAGAAAUUAGGAGGGAAAAGAAAUUGGAGGUAGUAAAGUGUGCAUUUCCUUCUUUCCCUUGCCUUGCCCUUCUCAGAAAGAUGCUCCUCAAACUUGGCCUUUCGGAGCAGAGGUUGGAGAAUUGAAUUGAUUUGGAGGGCUCAAGGAGAAGGGCAUCUCUGGGGAAGUGGAGGGUAGGGGUACAACUAGGAAUGGCAUUAUGGUAACUUCAGGAGAGCCUGGUUUGGGGGAUGUAGGAGGCCUGGAAGCUGUCUGCUGUCUUCCUAAUUGCCUCCCUCUCUUCAGUUCUCCAGACAGGCCCCUCCACCUCCAAGGACUCAAAUUAAGCUUUGAAUGAUAAAGCAUGAUACAGAAAACUUUA